UCAUGAAAUGUCAGCGGUGGUGUGUGAAGGGAGCAGCUCGUGGAUCUCCGUCAGUCAGUCGGCCAGUGAAGGGUUAAUGUUACUGUACAGAUACAGGACUGUGAGCUGGUGUCUACAACCUGCUCGUGUCCACUCGCUCCAUUACUCGCUGCAUGCUACUCUACUUUCCCCAUUCCCACAGUGAGCACCAAAGAAGAGCUCUGCACCUGCUCUGCAGACACCUUCCAGCAUGGAUGCGUUAAAAUCCGCCGGGAGAGCAAUAAUCAAAAGUCCCGGAGUUCCGCGACACACAUGGGGAACGUCCAAGCAUGAAAAGCUUCCAGAGAACUGGACGGACACCAAGGAGACACUCUUGGAAGGGAUGGUGUUCAACGUGAAGUAUCUGGGCAUGACUCUGGUUGGCCAGCCUAAAGGAGAAGACAUGGCAGCGGCUGCUAUCAGGAGGAUUGUAGCCACGGCUCGGGCCAGUGCAAAGAAGUUUCGGAAAGUGACCCUCACUGUCUCCCCCAAAGGAAUCAUCAUCUCAGACACUGAGACCAAUGACCUCAUCGAGGAUGUUUCCAUUUACAGAAUAUCUUACUGCACAACAGACAAAACUCAGGAUAAGGUCUUUGCCUAUGUCUCCCAAAGCCAGUUCAACGAAACUCUGGAGUGCCAUGCCUUCCUGUGCCAAAAAAAGAAAAUAGCUCAGGCUGUGACUCUGACAGUAGCACAAGCUUUCAAAGUAGCUCUGGAUCUGUGGGAGAUUGCACAGAAAGACAAAAGUAAGAAAACCCGCACAUGCUACACCUGUUCAGACCCUGAAUCUCAGCCUGAAUCUGAAGCAAACAGUGUUUCAGAGGAGGAGAAGACUCGAGCUCUGAUGGAGCACAGACUUAGGAAGCCCUUCUUCCCUUCCUUCCUUUCACCAUCUCCACGCAGCAAAGCGAGGAAACGACCAAUCAAACACGACUCCUGGGAUGCGGAAGAUGGCCUCGAUGAUGCGUUUUUAAGCAAUAUGGAGGUGGAGGAGAUGGACGCAGGUAAGUGAGACUGGCAACAUCCCGCUGCAGAACCGUGUCUGAGGAUGCAGCUGUGAGUCCAGUGGAAGAAGAUCUCCUGUCCUUCAACAGUGAGGAUUCAGCCUGAACACACACACAUCACUCUCACCAGCCUCUCAUCAGAAAGUGUCCUGAACACACAGCACACCCCAGCACUGCACACAACACGCAACGUAUGCCUCAGUGAUGGACUCAUUCACACAACUGCCACUUAAAACGGCAACAA